AUGGCGAAAUCAACAUAUUUGACGGACUCAUUUACUGCGGAUAGUAUUUUGUGCUAUGAUCCAGCAGACAUCUCUUCCAAUGGCUACAAAGUCCGUAAUCCUUUAAAAUUUCCUGCACCUCUUAUGGUAUUUCAGCUCUCUGUUAUCUCAUUUACAACUCUGCUUAUUGGUGUUGGCCUCAAGCCUUUGGGUCAACCUACUCUUGUCGCACAAGUUCUUGGUGGUAUAUUGUUUGGACCAUCACUCUUGGGACAUUCAGAAGCAGUGAGAGAAACCGUAUUCCCAACCCGAAGCGUUAUGGCAUUAGAAACUGCGGCAACAUUUGGUGUUUUCUUCAAUCUUUUUGCUAUAGGAGUUGAGUGUGACUCAAAAAGGAUGUUCAGGCCAGGGAAAAAAGCGAUUAUCAUAGGCAUCUCUGUAUUGUUUUCUUCACUUGUAUCGAAUAUGGCACUAGCAACACUUAUGCAACGUUUCAUCACUAUGGAACCUCAUCUUGCAAAAUCUCUACCUAUUGUAGCAAUUUCACAAUGCAUUGUUGGUUUUCCCAACGUAUGUUCCCUUUUGAAAGAAAUGCAAAUGCUCAACACUGAUCAAGGCCGCAUAGCGACGACUUCAGCUAUGUUCUGUGAUGUAAUUGGCUUCACCAUGGGUGCUGUAGGUUUUAUAAAAUUACAGGUGGAGAAAGAAAAUUCUAUCACGCAGAAAAUGGGUUCAACUCUCUCUCCUUUCAUCCUUAUCAUAUUCACAAUUUAUUUUGUUAGGCCUGCAGUUAAGAAGACAUUAAAACAAAGACCAGAAGGGAAACCUAUUGGGGAAAACUACUUUGUAUGCAUUUUAAUAAUUGUACUGGCGUAUAUAUUUGCUUCUGAGACGAUUGGGCAACACUUCCUCUUUGGAGCACUUUUGUUAGGCAUGGCCAUUCCCGAAGGCCCGCCUCUAGGGGCAGCUUUGAUUAACAAACUUCAUUAUCCAAUUGGCAAGAUUUUGUAUCCAAUUUUUCUCACCACCAGUGGCCUCAAAACAGACGUUUUCACCAUUCAUUUCAAGACCCUAUGGGUUAUUUCCAUUCUAGUUCUCUUUUCCGUCCUAAUAAAGAUUGGAGUAAUGAUUAUCAUAACUCGCUACACAGGCUUGACCAUUCAUGACUCUGUCAUUGUUGGUCUCAUGUUGAAUUCUAAAGGUAUCUGUGAUAUUGUUUUCUUCAACUUAUGGAGAAUUUCAGAGGCCCUGUCAGAUGAACACUUUGCAGUGGUUAUUAUUAUCUCAGUUAUUUUAGUUAUGGUGAUCAUCACACCAUUAUUAAAAUUCCUCCUUGGUGCAAUCGAACAACAAACUCCGACAAAGAGAAGGACCCUUCAACACUCAAAGCCUGACUCAGAGCUAAGGAUACUGGUUUGUGUUCACCAUCUACAAAGUGUGCCAACUAUGGUCAACUUACUUGAAGCAUCCAAUGCAACAGAGCAGAGUCCCAUAGGAGUCAUAGGUCUCAUACUCAUUGAGCUCAUGGGUCGAGCUGCUCCCCUUCUUAUUACUCACAAUCAUUCCCAAGGAGACAUCCCUGAGGAUGCUUCAAUAUCAUUGCAAAUCAUCAACGCACUGAGACAAUACGAGCUUGCUUAUGAAAAUUGUGUCACCCUUCAACCAUUCACUACCAUCACACACUUUGAUCUAAUGCAUGAAGACAUUUGUCGCCUUGCACUGGACCAAAAUGUGACAUUUAUGAUCCUACCAUUUCAUAAACAUUGGGAAAUUGAUGGUUCCAUUGGAACAUCAAGUCGUGCCAUACAAAAUAUCAACUCCAAAGUCAUCAAGAAAGCACCUUGUUCUUUUGGGAUUCUAGUAGAUCGUGGAAUUCUAAAGGGAUCCAUGGCGAUACUAAAUAAUCAGAGGGUGUACCAUGUUGCUGUGAUUUACAUUGGAGGUCCAGAUGAUGCAGAAUCACUAGCCUAUGGUGCUCGACUGGCGAGACACCCAAAUGUGUCAAUAACACUUAUCCGUUUUCUUAUGUUUGGCUAUGACAAUGCUAGAGAAAGAAAGCUAGAUAAUAGACUGAUUGAAGCAGUUCGAUAUGAGAACUCAAUGAACGAGAAUUUCAUAUAUGAAGAACGUGUUACAAGAGAUGGGGUUGGGCUAUCUGCUUCACUUAGAACCUUAGAAGAUAGAUUUGAUUUAAUAGUUGUAGGGAGGCACCAUGAAGAGUCACCUUUGCUGGUGGGACUUGGGGAGUGGAGUGAAUGUCCUGAACUUGGUGUAGUGGGAGAUUUCUUGGCUUCGCCAGAUGUUGGGAUCAUAGCUUCAGUUCUAGUGGUGCAGCAGCAGCGAGUUAGAGGAAAGUUGUUGAAUAAAGCAACAAAACCAGUAGUCGUUAAUAAUCAAGAUGGCGCCCCAUAUCCGGAGAUGAAUAAUAAUAAUGGAAUAUCAACACCAGCAACCUCCGUCUCUAAUGAUCAUCCAAGAUGGGAAAUCACUAUAGAUAGAGCUACUUAG